AUACGUAGAGUCUUAAAUUGAUGUUAAAUAAAUAACAUUUCCAUCAAAAUACACCUUUCUGCUGACCUGUCUGUUUGUUUACAUUUUGACAGUUCAAAACAUGUUGUAACAUGUUGCCCGCCGACCGCUAGUAAAAUGUCUUACAUACCUGGAAAAUAAGGUUAAUUAUUUAAGCAUGUUUUGAUUAUGUUUGGUCUGGUUUCUUUUACCUGAACAGGAAACAUUAGAAGAUGAUCUAACGACUGUAACUUCAUUCUCACUUCAAUCACAAGAAAGCAUGUCUGACAAUAGUCCACAAAAUAGUCAAGUUGUUCCAAGGCUAGACCUCAAUAAUCAAACAAAUUCUCCAAGUGAUAGUAGAGAGUCUACACAAAAUGACAUCUCCUCCCCAUCCAUGCACAGAGGAUUUUCUUCUGAUGAUAAUUCUGGUUGGAAGUCGGAAACCACAGAAACUUCAGAAGGAAACUUGAGUUUGUCUCAGUACCCGUUAGAUGAUCCAUCAUGUGGUGAGGAGUCUCCUCAAGAGAAUAAUAGUCUUCAUGAGGAAGCUUUGACAUCAGCAAUAACAGAGGUUUCCAAAGAUUUUAUUUCUGGCAAUUUUUCUCCUGGAAAAUAUCCACCAGUAGAAAGUGACAGUUCUGACGGGGAUCAUCAUUUAGAUGGACAUACUGGAGCUGUUUACGCCAGAUAUCCAGAGUCAGCUACUGGAAUGUCAGAUUGUGAAUGGAAUCCCUAUGGCACAGAUAAUGAUAACGAGACACCUAGGUCUUCUGCUAGUGAUUCAGAGUUUAGAAAUAUUCAGGCUUUUACUGCAACAAGCUCAAUGAGACAAAAAGACUCUGAGAUAAGGAUACCAACAGCUUCUAUGAAUAAUGGGGAAUUAAAUAGAAUGAUUUCAAACCCCACAGUAACAAGGGAUUUUGUCAGGAUACCAACUGACACAGUAAAUGAAGAUAAAACGAGGGAUACAAAUGUUGAAGAUAUCAAUAGAGAUUUUAUGAGGAUAUCCAUUGAUAAAGAUGGUAUACCCACUAUGAGUUCAUUGGAAGGGAGACAAUUCAAUAGAUAUGAAAUUCCUUCUACCUCUGAUAACAGAGAAAAUGCACAAUAUAGACCAGCGGGUAUUUCAAAAUCAGAAGGACAGCAAAGUAAAACUAAUAAGGAGACAUCUAAUGUCCUUCCUGCUUCACGUAGACUAGCAGCUGAUAUUGUCAAAGAUUCCUAUGCAAUGUAUUCACCAGAAAAAGAAUUUGAUGCAAGAUCGUCUGUAAAGACAGACAAGACAUCUACAACAUCUAGUACCUUACUAGGAUCAGGUGACAGGACAUCCCAGCUAACAGCUAACCAGUAUAUACCAGGUAGUCAUAGAGAAAUGUAUGGUACACAAUCCUACAACCAGCUCUCUCGAAACACUGAAUCAAUGCCCAAAGCAUCUACCUCUGAAAUAAAAGGAAAUGUUUUGUCAGGUAGUUCAAGCACUACAAUUGUUCCUGAUAGUCAGGACACAGUAGAAACUUUGGUAUCUAGCAGCAUGUCUUCAGUUGACACUGCUAGAAGAGAAAGUGCAAGUAAAUAUGGUUCUUCAAGUUCUUCUAAACCUUCUGAGGCUCCUUAUGUGCCUGUUGGUGAUAGAGCCAAACUUUUAGGACUACCUGAAGAUUUCUUGGAUCAGCCUAAACCUUCUGCAUCUUCAGAUUUUGCUGUGCCCAGGAUAAGAGACCUCCCUCUGCUAUCCAGGGUUCAGAUUCCAGAGAAGGAUACAGAUUUACCCAGCAACUCAAAACAAGAAAGCAUGUCUCAAAGAGUUUCUAAACUUUUAGAAGAUGCAAGUAAUUUAGGAACCACUCUUCAUCAUCAUCUAUACAGCAGAGAAGCACUGGGACUUGAAGGUGAUAGAGAACCUACAGUUCUAAGAUCUUACUCACCCUUGAGAAAAAGUGACAAUUUUGUACAAAAGUCAGCAGAAACUCUAAGGUCUCCAGGAUCUGCUCUUCUCAUUAAAUCUGGUGAACAGAGUGUAAGGUCUUCACUAGGUGAUGAGGUUGCUAAAUUAAUGACCAAAAGUAAUGAAGGAACUGUAAAUGAUUUAACAAAUGUCCCAUCAAAUUCAUCUUAUGUUCCUUUGAAAAUCAAUACCAUUUCAUCAAGUGAGAGCAUGAAUGUAAUAAGUGCACAGUCUUAUCCAUCACUUGCUACUGCUACUGUAGGAGGGGGACCUGGUUCUACUGAUAGUCAAGAAUCCGCAGACUCUUUAAGUCAGAGAGUCAAGAAAAUCUUAUCUGACACUGCAUAUGCUGAUAGAAGUAGGCAGAGUACAGCAGCACCAGUUGGUUCAGUACCAACCAAUUUUGAUUACUCCCGUCUUCAAAGAGAUCUACAAGAAAUUCAGAGCAACUUAGAUCCUGGAAUUGAUUACAAUAUGAGAAUUUCAAAUCCAUCUCCAGACUUUUCAAAAGCAAGUGAUAAAUCUACUGAAAGUUCUAAAGCCCAUAAACUUCUAUGGGACCAUGGGGCUGAUUUAGGAUACGAUGAUAGUUUAUCAGGGAGAUUUUUUGGGACGAUGAAAACUGACACAGAAACAGAAUGUGACAGUACAUACUCUGGAAAGGGCUACAAUGGGUUAUCAGAUACAUUAGAGCUGGUUAACAAACCUCAAAAGGAUACUGCAGAAGUUGUGUCAGAUCAAGUAGAGUCUGACUUCGAAGACAGAUCUUUGAAAGUCGCACCAGAUGUGGAAGAGAUUAUUCGUAGGUAUCAAACAGAGAAACCAGAUAAGUUGAUGGAUUCAGGAGAUAGUUCUGGUUUAGCAUCAAAAGUAAUGAAAAUUCUAUCACAGGAACCUCCCAGAAAACAGGCAAUCAGUAUUUUAAAAUCUGCAAAACAGGAAGAGCGAGAAAUGAUAAAACGUAUGGCUGACAAGCCAAAGCUAGAGACAAGUUAUGAUAGUAGCCAAGAAUCAACUAACAGCAGCUUUGUCAUUCAAGAUAAAGAUGUAAGAAAGCAGCUAGAAUGGUCUCAAAUGAGUGGAAUAGACAAGUCCAUUAAUAAUUCUUAUCUUAGUGGACUUAAAACAGAACCAUUCAGUGCUCUUGGUAAUGCUAAAACAUUCUUAUCUUCUCAACUGGCUAAGAAUGCAGAUCGGACAUUCAACCAUAGCAUUGACAUAAAGACACCUUAUAGACAUGUACUUGACUGUUAUCCUGUUUAUGGUGUAGAGCGUACCAGGGGAGCUGCAGAGGUGGACCAGUUUGGUAGGACAGAGCCUGAUGGAGUAAAAGAAGCAUGGGCUGAUGGUGCCUCUAGUCAGGAGGUUCCAGCAGAAUUACUGUUUGGUGCAACAAGUUCUGACACAGCUAAUGUGAGACCAGGGUCCAGAGAUCAUCAGAGGACCUAUAGUGAUCCAAGAGAACUAUCUCCUGAGGCAAGAACUGACAGCGCUCCUGUUGUGACUGUGGAAGUUGCUACAGAAACUGAAGAUGGGCACACAAGAAGCAAAUCUGAGGAGCCUAGAUAUGGGGAGGAGUUACCUAGAGAUAGAUUUUAUAACUUAGAACCAGCUGUUUCUGCUACAGACAGAAGAGCAGCAUCAUCACCUCAUGGGGACGAGAGAGAAAAAGAGAAGUUAUUGGAUGUCAGAAAAAAGGAAACCAUUACUACACCACCUUCAGAUUCCAGUCCCAGCUCAGUAGGACAACUGUCAGAUUCAGACAACAGUUCUAGAAGGAGAGAUGCUGCAAGACUGAGACCUUACAGACCACAUGGUAGUCGUGAGUUGUAUUACACAGAAGAUGGAGAAGAUUCCUUGGCAGAGAGUAUCACCACGGUAGAGAGUAAUCAUACAGCACAAAGAAGGGUUACAUGGAACCCUAGCACAUAUUACCUAGGUUCUGAUGAUGCCACUGCUCCAUCAUUCCCAUCACAAUACCUAGGAUCCAGGAAAGAUGUUCCUUCUACUUCAGGAAUUUAUGGCACCAAGAAUCCAGAUAAAAAAGACACUUUGUCUACAAUUGAUGAAAAAUCUUUAGCUGAUGACAAGGAAAGAUCUGGUACAGACAGUGGAGUAGAUAAUCCACGAAGUGACCUGGCCAGUUCUCAUGGUAGUAACUUGUCCUCAUAUAGACGUGACAUGGGAAACAGGGAAGAUUUUACUUCCAGCAGGGUACCAGGUCAAUACGAAGAAAGGUUAACUCUCAGUACUAGGUCUGAUCCAGGGGACCAGUAUGCUACUCCCAAACGUUCAACCAGACAUCAUGAACAUUCUGAUCCCAGAAGUGAUAGUCGUGUAUACAAGGACACUUUCGAAAGAGAACAAUAUGAACCAAAACCAACAAAAUCUAGAUCAGAAACUGACUUAGCAACACUGCCUGAUGUUGAUCAUAAAUAUUCCUCUCCAAUGUAUGGAGAUCGUUUUAUGGAACUGUCUAGCCAGCCAUCUCCGAUCUAUUCCCACCACACUUCAAUGGCAUCACCAGCUGUCCUAGCAAAUGUUGCCAACAGAGGAAGAAUUGUUGACGAAAAGCUAAUGGAAGACAUUUUAAAUGUCAAACCAUUAGAAAAAGGACCAAAUUUCAUAACCAGACAAGAGGAAACUAGUUAUGAUAGAAUGGCUGAGUUUUCUCAGAGAGAACUUGGGGAUGGUAUAAACAAAGAUGAUAAACCGGGUUCUACUCCUUAUAAUAAGGCUUACGAUAGACCUGGGGAUGAUAGCUUCCCAAUGAGAACUAUAGCAUGGAGAGAUACACAACAUGAUAGAUCAGAACCUAGAAGUUCAGGUCUAGAACCAGGCAGUAGAGAACCAAUUAGAUCUUUGGAAUCUGGAAAUCCCGAAAUGGAGUUAAGCAGAGAACCAGUUGUACCUAGUGACAGGGGACAAGACUAUAGACCAAGAGCAAGCUCUUCAGAAUCUAGCCUUAGAGAAGUAGUCAGACCUUUAGACAGAGGUUCUGAUUUCACAUCAGAUAGACAACCAUCAGAAGAAAAUGUUAGACCUCUUGACCCGGGACCAGCACAUCCAGCAGGUUUAGACCCAGGUCCACAUUUAGACACAAUUAACCCAGGUUAUAGACAAACUGACAGAGUUAUUGACUAUGUGAGGGACGAAAGGCUUCUCAACAGAGGACCAGAUACUGAGCCACCUAAAGAGAGAAGAACACUAGAAAAGGGACAGAAUUAUUAUGAUAUGUAUAGACCCCGUAAGGAACCUCCCACUAGGACGGGUAUGACUCAUCACCAAGUGUUGAUUGAUGAUGAUACAGAAGAACUAGAAUUCAGAGAAUUACCAAGGCGCUGUAGUACACCUUACAAUUGUCCUGACCAAGAUUUCGAAGAAAUGGUGAAAGAAGAAAAGGCAAAAAUUCAAAUUGAAUACGAAUUACAAAGAAGAUUGAAACAGAAAGGAUAUUUACAGAAUUCCACUGAUGAAAAAGAAUUUGGUGCCGAGUAUGAUCACGUGCCUCCAAAUGAAAGGGCAAAGUCACUACAAAGAAAACUUGAACAGGAAUCACACAGAGAACUUCCUCCAAAUAUUAACGAUUUGUGGCUGAAAUUCCAGGAAAUGAAUCAAAAUGAAAGUACAAGCACAAUAAACUCAUCUAGAAUGGAAGCCAUCACUGAUCUGUUGAAAAAUCCAACGAAACAUAUCGUUCAAAAAAUUACUGAUGAGAGAACUUAUGAAAAAGCUAAAGAACGUAGAAUUAUGCAAGAAUUGGGAGAAAAGUCUCGUCAAGAACAAAGGAAAGACUCAAGAAGUGAAAGAAAGAGACAGGAACUACAGAAUUUACGAAGAUUAAGUGAGGAAGAAAGUAACGGAAGUUAUGCUGACAUUCUACAUGAGCAACAGAAGAAAAAACUACAUGGAAAACAUAAGAAAGAAAGCAGAAAUCCUGAUUCAAGUUUUGAAGGAAAACAGAAAAAAGAAAUGGAAAAUCAAAAGAAAGGUUCUAAGAAGGCAAAGGUUGAUAUUCCAGUUCAUGGUGACAGUAUUGACACCCUAUAUUCAAUAGCAGAGGAUGCAAGUUUUGAGGCUACUCCAAGUAAAGCCGAGGAUUCAAACCAAGGAAAAUCUAAAAAGUCACGGCAAAGACAUGUGAUUGAUCCACUCAUGAAUAAACUCAAGGACAAAAUUGAAAGUCAAAGAAUAAAAAUUGACAAAGAGAGAAGAAAAGAAAUUAAAAGACUAGACAAAUUGAAAAAACUGGAAAUGCUGCUUACUGCUAAGAAGAAAGGAAAAUUAUCUGAUCAGGCUAUUGAUGUUGAGUUAAAUUAUGUCUCUACAACAUCUGCAGCAGCUAGUUCAGAGUCAUCUACGUUAUUUGGAAGUGAAACUACUAUGAGUGCGGAAUCAAUAGAUAACAAUAAGGAUUCAUUUGACUCUGUUGCUUAUAAUGGUGAUACUACAUCAACUAAGGACAGCAGUAUUGAAAUUCAAAAAGUUCGAACAAAAAAGGUAAAGCAUGGUGGAAUGUUAGAUGCCUAUAUGGCUUCCAUUGGACAGGGAGGAAAAGCAGAUGAAUCUGAAGCUUCCACUGAAGAUUUACAAGUUGUUCGUAAAGUAAGAAGUUCGAAACCAGGGAAAUCAGAUAAAAAGAAAACAAAAGAUCAGCAAAAUCAAAUGAAAACUGACUAUGUUGACAAAGAAACACUAAGAAGAGAAAGAUCGAAGUCUCCAAAAUCAAGAAGAUUGAAAGAUGCUUCCACUAAUGUGCCAUCCCCAAUAAUAAAAAGUCCUGUAAGUAAGCGAAAAGUUCGGGAUGUCUAUGUACGAUCAGAAGCAGUCCAGACAAGUCCAUGUAGAUCAUGGUCACCCCCAAGGGAGGAUCAGGGCGUAAUAUCUGUCGCUUCAAUGUCAUCAUCUUUCAAACGCAGUGUCAAAACUUUCGAUUCAAAGCAGCAAAGACAAAGAUCAUAUUCACCAAUUGAUUCCUUUUCUUCUACUUCUCCUGACAGAACAUUAACAAAUAGGUCUAUAUCACCACCUCAACGCCAAAAGAAAGCAGCACCUGGACGUAAGACGAAAAGAUCAAAGUCACCACCAAAACCUCGUAUCUGCCUUCCAGAGUCUGAUGAAGAGACAAAACAAAUGAAAGUGUCACCUCCACCUAAAUCUCGAAUGUUUACACCUGAAACUCCAGAUGAUGAUUUAGCAGGAAAACUCCAAGACAGUCCGAAUGAUAAAAAACAAAGGUUGAAAAGGAAAGGAUUUCGUACGGGUGGUCUUACUUGGUUUGUUCCAAUGGGCCAGGCCAAACCAUGGAGGCAACCAUUGAAAGAAAGACAAGCUUUUGCUGUCAGUCAAGAACCAUGGCAACCAAAGUCUGUUUCCUCUACUGCAUGGAAGGAUAUUGUUGCUGAUAAUCCAGUCAAUAAAUCUAUAGGGGAGAGUUCUAAAUUUGACCUUGACACAACAGGUCAUUAUAAAGAACUGGAUGAAGAAAGAUCUGAUGAAGAGAACUUUGACCCUAAACCUUUGGCAAGGUUAACUCUACAGGAAGCGUUUGAAACCUACAAACAAGAUGCCAUUUCCAAGUUAAGAGCCAGACAAAAGAGAGUUGCAUUAGCUUCAAAGGAAAGAACAUUACAGGAUAUGCUAGAAAAAGAAAGAAAUAGAUUGUUUGCAGAGGAAAAGAGAAGGAAAGAGGCAAAUCCUGAGGCACAUCCAUUAAGUGAGAACCUUCAUAAACCCAAAAGACGGGCAAUCUCAAAAGGGGAAAUGAUAGAACAAACUCAAAAGCUUUAUAAAAAGCUGCCAGAAGUGCAAAAUCAGAAACUUCAGGAGAAAAGAAUGGAAGAUUAUUCAUUAAACAGACUGAGAGCCAAAGUUUUUAAUAGGAGAAUACAAAGAGAUACUCUGAAGAAAUGUGAAAACAGAGGAAAGCGAUCUCCUUCUAAAAAUAUUCACUAGUAGUGCUAUUUAUUUAUUUAUUUAUUUGACAGUAUUAUGUACUAGACUGUGAUAUAAUGUAGAUGGAAAGGAUUUAUUAUAUAUAUGUAGAUCUGAAAGGAUUUAUUAUAUAUAUGUAGAUCUGAAAGGAUUUAUUAUAUUAUGUAGAUCUGAAAGGAUUUAUUAUAUAUAUGUAGAUCUGAAAGGAUUUAUUAUAUAUACAUGAUAUAUGUAGAUCUGAAAGGAUUUAUUAUAUAUAUGUAGAUCUGAAAGGAUUUAUUAUAUAUAUGUAGAUCUGAAAGGAUUUAUUAUAUAUAUGUAGAUCUGAAAGGAUUUAUUAUAUAUACAUGAUAUAUGUAGAUCUGAAAGGAUUUAUUAUAUAUAUGUAGAUCUGAAAGGAUUUAUUAUAUAUAUGUAGAUCUGAAAGGAUUUAUUAUAUAUAUGUAGAUCUGAAAGGAUUUAUUAUAUAUAUGUAGAUCUGAGACGAUUUAUUAUAUAUAUGUAGAUCUGAAAGGAUUUAUUAUAUAUAUGUAGAUCUGAGACGAUUUAUUAUAUAUAUGUAGAUCUGAAAGCAUUUAUUAUAUAUAUGUAGAUCUGAAAGGAUUUAUUAUAUAUAUGUAGAUCUGAGAUGAUUUUAAUGAUACAUAUGAAGACCGGAGACGAUUUAUUAUAUAUGUAGGUCUGAGAUGAUUUAUUGCAUAUGUAGAUCAGAGACAAUUUUAAUAAUACCUAUGUAGAUCGGAGACGAUUUAUUGUAUAUGUAGAUCAUUCAAACUUGAAAGAAAGUAUAAUCUUAUAACAUUGUUGUUUCACUGCACAAAACAGUUUUAUGUAUGCCAUAGUUUCAUUUUAAGAAUACUCAUACAAAUUCCUCCUUAUUUCAUCUUUUCACAUAUAUUAAGGCAGUAGACCUAUGAUAAGGGGAAUAACUCUUAAAAUCAUCAUUAUGUUUGUGUCAACCAUUUUCAUAAAUAUAUUCUAAACUUCUAGGUUACAUAGAUUAUUUUCAAUCUUUUUCAGGUAAGGGCUUCAAAUUCAUUAAUGAAACUUGACUUUUGCAAACACAUUAUCGAUUUAAAGAGUUAUCUCCCUGAACUAAGGUCUACUUCCUUAAGCUGUGUUGAAUAUCAUCUUCUGAGUCAUAGUGUGCCAAAAUUAUAAUGAUCACUGUUAAAUUAUCACUUAGUGUUUAUUACAAAUCUGUAUUAUUUUCUCAAAGUUGUUGUAAAAUAUAUUUGGUAUAAAGGUUGUCAAUGUUUGUUAAGUUUUAUUAACUCUCAAUAAUUGUUUUGUUUAAAAUCUUAACACAAUUUAAACUAAGUUUUAACUAAAUUUUAACUUGUUUGUUUGUUUUUCAUUAUUGUAACUUCAUUUUUUGUAAUUAGAAAAUUUACAUGUAUUAUAUUUUUUUUUAGAAAAAGAUUAAAACUAAAGUAUGAACAGAAUAAUUUUUAUGGGAAUUUUAACAGUUUUAUCACUUUUGAAAAGAAGUAACUGCUAUCUGUAAAAUGUAGCAUGUUUUCAUUUGAUUCAGAAUGACAUCUAUAUAUUGCUAUUACUUAUAUAUUUAGGGUUUUUGUAUUAAAAUAUUUUGUAGUAAGGGUGUAAUGGUAAAUUUCAAUAGGUAACUAGAAAUUUAUGGUAUUUUGAGAAUUUCUUGCCACCAUAAUUGUCCAAUAUAUGUAUGCUGGCUGUAAGGCCUUAGAUGGCAUUUAUAUUUUGUAAUAAAAUAUGUAUACUUGGA